GAGUUACGGCAGGACCGAUAUUGCGGAAUAAUGGAGAGCCUGAGUCGCGCCAAUAGUGCCUUCGCGCUGGAUCUGUACCAGGUCAUCAGUGCAGAAAACACGGCCGGAAAUGUGUUCUUCUCGCCGCUCAGCAUCAGCACAGCUCUCAGCAUGGUUUUUCUGGGUGCUCGUGGAAACACUGCUGAAGAGAUGGCCAAAGUCCUGUCAUUCAGUUCAGUGCCUGAUGUUCAUACUUGUUUCCACACACUCAGCUCCCAGAUCAACGCCCCUUCAGCCUCCUACACCCUCAAAUUGGCCGAUCGUCUGUACGGCGAGAAGACUUUCUGUUUUUUACCUGAGUUUCUAGGCUCCUGUCAGAAACUCUACAGUGGAGAACUGCAGCAGGUAGACUUCAUCGGCGCAUCAGAGGAAUCAAGACAGAUCAUUAAUGGCUGGGUGGAAAAGCAGACAGAGGGGCUGAUUAAAGAUCUUCUGAAACCUGGGAUGGUUACAGCAAUGACUCGCCUUGCUUUGGUCAAUGCCAUCUACUUCAAAGGAAGCUGGAUGAACAGAUUCAGUGCAGAUAACACCAAAGAGAUGCCCUUUAAAAUCAACCAGAACGAGACCAGACCAGUGCAGAUGAUGUACCAGAUGAGGAAGUUCCCUUUCAGCUACAUACCUGAGCAAAACCUGCAGGUGCUGGAGUUGCCCUAUGAAAAAGAGGAGCUGAGUAUGCUGGUUCUACUGCCUGUAGAGACUAGUGAUGGUUCUGAUCCAUUACUCAAGCUAGAGAAAGAGCUGACUUUGGAUAAACUACUGGAGUGGACGGACAGGGCGAAUAUGGACACAGGGACGGAGGUCGUAGUUCAUCUGCCUAAGUUUAAACUGGAAGCGGAGUCCUCACUCCAGGGCAUGCUGGCAAAACUGGGCAUGAGAUCGGUAUUCGACGGAGCUUCGGCCAACCUGAGCGGGAUGAGUGGUGAGGGAGGGCUGUUCUUGUCGUCUGUGGCGCACAAGGCCUGCGUGGACGUAAACGAGGAGGGGACAGAGGCGGCAGCGGCUACGGCUGGCAUGGUCUCCUUUUGCAUGAUCCGAGAGGAGCACUUCACUGCGGAUCACCCCUUCCUGUUCUUCAUCAGGCACAACCCUACAAAAAGCAUCCUCUUCCUCGGCAGAUUCAGCUGUCCACCUUAG